AUGACAAACUGUGUAUUUGGAACUGCCAUUCUAUUUGCUUUAAGUUUGCUGCCAUUUCCGUGUGAGGGUAUGUUGUUGUAUGUUGUUUCCAUGCAUGCAUGUGAGUCAGGCAUGAUCUGUGCCGGUGUAUAGGUAUUGCCAAUAAUAACGAGCUUUCGUUGGUAGGACCUGAAAAAUAUAUGCUCGUCUUAAAAUUAUAUCGGACGAAUAAAUCAAGCAGAGUUUAGGGACCAUUCAUUAUUUAUGACGGGGGUGGGUGGCAAAAUUCAAUUAACAACUAAACAAAAUGUCCUGCCCUCCCCGUGCAUCACAAAAAAAUUGAAUGACCCCCUUCACAUGAAUUCCAGGAAAAACAGUAAUCCCCCACCACCACCACUACCACCGAUGUAUACAUAGACACAUGUCCAGGAAUCAGAUCUACAUUUACUUGUGCUUUCAGCAAUUAAGUAUGCUUAGCUAAUCAGAACAAACUCUGCUAAUCCAAACUUUAGACUGGCCAGAAGAAUUUUGAUAAAAAUUAAAUCCAGUUUCAGUGUAUUUUCUACACUACAAGUAUAUAUUCUCUACUAUAGCACACAUUAUGUACUUACUAAAUUAAACCAUGUAUACUAGUAUAUAUACUAUACAGGGUGUAUAUAAAAAAAAGGUAAUCGAACUUCAGCGCGCUAUUAUACGUGAAUUACUUGGCGUAUGAACAAUUAGUUUUCAUAUUCGGAAAGAUCAGGCUUUUAGCUAUUGAAUGACAUGCUUUUCAUGCCAAGUGGAGAAAAAAUAAGCAUGUAUACAAGGCCGAUUAAAAAUGUUAGUCAAAAUCGCAUAUUUUCACCUCUGUGCCUAAUUAAAACAAUGCAUAACAAAAGAAAAAGCAAUUAAUCACGAACGUGUCGUAGAUUUAUUCCGACUUAAUAAUUAUUAUGAAUAUAUGUGUGCAGUUUAAUGAAGUGAAAUUCAUCAACUUAAAUCCUAAAGGGGGUUCAUUUUCAAUGGUUUUAGACCCAACUCUCAACGGUGAAAAUAUGCGAUUCUGACUAACAUUUUUUAUCAGAUUCGUAUUUGCUCAUUUUUUAUCCAUUUGGCAUGAAGAAGAUAUCAUUCAACAGCUAAAAGCAUAAUCUUCUCGAAUGUGAAAAAGUAUCGUUCACACGCAGAGUAAUUCAGAUACAAUAGCGCGCUGAAGUUUGAUUACCUUUUUUUUUAUACACCCUGUAGUGUAUACAGUUGGUAUAUGCCAAACUCGCUCUGGACGUAAUGUUGCUACAUCGCUUACUCGUUAUCGUGACUGUCUUUUUUAUUAAAAUGUACAUCAGGGAAACAUGACAAAAAUUUAUGGCAAGUUCAUGGCAAAAGUUAUAAGGAAGAUGUUCGAUUGUUUUUCAUAUUAGCUGCGCGCAUUGCAUUUUGGGUAUUUGCGCAUUGCAUUUUGGGUCUAUCUGUCGGAUUAAAAUUGAGAAUUUUGCCAGCUACACUAAUAGCUGCCUUGCUCGCUCCUUGCGGUAGCAAUAACCGUUACAUGUCGAAUUUCCCCCCACUAAAAUAAAACAACUGGCCCCCCCCUUCUGAACCAAUAUUUUUAGGUGGUCCCCCUUUUUGGUCAAAAAGACCCACCCCCUUUUUUGCCAGCCCACCCCCUGUCAUAAAUAAUGAAUGGUCCCUAAUAAACUGGUAAACUUGAUAGUUGUUGAUAAGUUAAAAGAGACUGAGAUACGAUUGAGGAUUUCCGAACUUUUCAGGUUUAUCCGUCCAAUGGUUUUUGUUUCAUAUUUAUAUACCAGGCGGAAUCAUGUUUUUGGGGCCGCUGUAAUUGGCAAUAUAGCUGUUGUGGUUUCCCAGCCAAUGAAUGUAUAAGUAUGAUGGCAAAGUAAAUAAAUAAAUAAAUUAGACGAGUUUCCUGUCUUAGGCCUUAGGGGCUGUUUUAUAUAAUCGAGACGUCUUCCCUAGCGGCACAGAAUACUACACAGAAGGCCAUCUCCAUUGUUUUUAGCGUAAGCGCUAUUCGUCAUGAUUCGUCACUCAGCAAGUACCGUAAACAGAAGCAGUCCCCCCCUAGAAAUACUAAAAAUGGCGAACGUCCAGGGGGGUGACUGCUUCUGUUUACGGUACUUGCUGAGUGACGAAUCAUGACGAAUAACGCUUACGCAAAAAACAAUGGAGAUGGACUUCUGUGUAGUAUUCUGUGCUAGCGGAACGAAUAUUUUCCUGCGUUCGAAUUCACAUGGAGUUUUUCAUCCCGCUUGCCGAGAUAAAAUUACAAUGUUAUAGUUCUAUCAUUAGUGAGUGCAAAACUUCUACAUUUUUCUUCUUACUUAGUGUUUUUCUUCAUUUUUUACAAGAAAAAGUAUUGCUUUGGCUGCAUAUUUAAUACUUGUUUACAAGACAAACAUAAAACUAAGUAAAAAAGUGUUAAAUUAAACGGCAAAAACCGAAUUACGCGGACGGACAUAUAUAGGUCUUUUAAUAUGAAUUCGGCUAAUAUAUGCAACUGAUUUGUCGAUUUAGGAAAGAUCACCUCACCACCUGAUGGGACCAGGUUAACUUUUUUACCUGGAUCAACUGACAAAAUACAGUGGACAUUUGAUGAUGAUAUAUCUUCACUGCGAUAUCGAAAUUAUCGUUUCACAAGCAGCAACGGUUCGCAACCAGAGCAACUUGCAAGAAUAUACAGUAAUGGUAAAACUCGAAUAUUUAAUAGCAGUUUACCUGGGAUUGCAAUAGAAAAGCCAGCAACAUUGGUUUUAAAAAACAUUGAUCUCAGAAAUAAUGGGACUUACCGGUUUGAACUUCGCCAUUCUUUUUCUCGCAUAGCCCUUGGGCGCCGUACGCGUUUUACAUCCAAUGAAGUUGUGGUUUUUGUUGCAGGCAAGUAUACCGCCAUUCAAAAUAAUUUUUCAUUCAAAAUAAUUCUGCUUUAAUUCAGCGGUCGACAAAUAGGAUCAAGUUUAUGUAUUGCUUAAUAUCAUGCAUCAGCAGAAUUUCAUAGUCACUGCAAAUCAAGACUCUAUACCGCCAACCUUGGUAUUAAAACUUUCGCGUAUAUGUUAAAGAAAGGCAUAGAGAGAAUUUUAAAUAUUUUUUGAAUUUGUAAGAAUAUAAUAGCCUUUUUCCAAAUAUGGCUCAAAUGAAUCAAUUAUUAUGCGGUGUUUCAGUGCGGCAUGAUUACUGCGGUUAUAUACAUUAACGCCUGUAUUCUAAAAGCUCACUCACACUCCAUGAGUGGAGGUUAAAUCUGAGCUUCUUUCAGGCAUUAUUCCAUUAAAAUAGCGUGUCCUUGUACACACUUUGUGUCCUUGUAAAAGGCGAAUGUGCCCUUGUAAAUUGAAAAGUGUGUACUUGAAAAUAUAUUAAACUGAAAAUAUAUUAAUGUAAUCCACGCAAAAUUGCCAAAGAUUUUAAAAAUUCUGUUCUCAGAACUCUGGAAAUGCCAUUUCAGAGACCCCCUUAAAAGCUCGCGUUUUCGACGCUAAACUUGUGGCUUCGGCACUCUUUCUCGUGAGUCUGCGCAUUUAUACCAAAAAUACGCCUCUGAAGGCAAAGUGUGUCCUUGUAAAAAUUCCGUAUUUUAAUGCCUGGCUUCUUUUGAGUGUCAAUGCUCUUUUUGAAUAGCUGGAUGGUGAGUAGUCACACAGUAAGAUAUGACACUAACCAUCCAGCUAUUCAAAAACAGCAAUGACACUCGAGAGAGACUCAGAUUGAACUUCCACUCAUUGAGUGUGAGUGUAUAAGUGAGCUUUUAGAAUACGGGCGUAAGUAAUGUUUCAAAUCCGACUACGAGGAUUGGAUCAAAAUGCGAGGACUUGAAAUCUAGUCCAAUCCGAAUUGGAGGAUUUGGAAUGACAUCUCAUACGAAUAAAUCACUACUCAGAGUGAGGUGAAUUAAUUUUGAUCCAGUCCAAGGACUGAAUUAAUUUUGAUCCAGCCCUAGGACUGUAACAAUAUACUUCAUUAGGUAUCCAAUAUUAUCAUGUGAGCAAAAUAAAGUAAUAUGGCUGGCUAAUUUGCUCAUGAAUUAUUAGGGAGUUUUAAAUUUUUAUUUCAGUGAAGCCAACUGUGACAAUGAGUUGUUCCAGUCCUGUCACAGUAAAUGAAGGUGAUAACUUUACAUGUGUAUGUAGAAGUGAAGGUGGAAACCCUCCAGCCAAUGUAACUUGGUAUGAUAAAGAUGGCGUCCAGAUUGGUGGAACAGGAAAAGAAGGACAAACAUUAACUCUCAGCAAUGUUGAUGGAAGAGACAGUGGAACAUACAAGUGUGUGGCCCAAAGCCACAUCAAUGCAACGGAGGAAAAACCAAUCGAAGUAAGACUUAAUUGUAAGUAUAAUAUUGAUGCUCUCCCAUUAGACAUAAUGUUUCAAGCAUUGUAACUUAACAAGCAUUGUAACUAGAAUUUUAAAAUAUUAAAUCAGAAAUCUUUUCCCUUGUAGUCUCUCCUCAAUGCCCAUUAUAGGGAUUCACUUUUGAACGAGGUUGGCCGGAUGCACCAGACAUCAAAACCACCGGAUUGUGAGAUAGUUUCAUCCGGUAUCCGGCCUAAUCGAUGCCGGAUACUAUUUGUACAUUGUAUAUAAUAUUUAGGUCGUACACUAUAGUUGCAUGCCUGUUUCCACCAUUUUUGAUCGAGGUUUUGUUUCUUUACAGUGAAACCUAGCAAGACAGCCAUCACGUUUACACCUGAAAAAGUCGUAGUUGGUAAAUCAGUUACGAUAACAUGUGAAUCUAAUGGUUUUCCUGAACCAAGUUAUACCAUAGUCCAUAAUGACACUGAGAUCAGUAACAUGAAGACGCUUAACGUAUCUGGGGUGGAGUGGAGUGAUGCUGGAUCAUACCAAUGUGUUGCAAUCAAUAAACUUGGACGUCAUUCAAAGAGCUAUUGUUUGACCGUCGUAGGUACAAGACAUUUUUUAACUAUAUAACUGGGGGAAUAUUGGGAAUUGCAGUCCUAGGGGUAGAAAAAUACAAAACCAGAUCCUUUACUAUUAAAUGCAAUACACACCAAACUUUUUGUUACCAACAACCAUCUAUCAUUUCUCCACACUCUUUAUAGUCAACCACGUGCUUUAUAGUAUGAUCCCUUUUUGUAGAUCACCCCGUAGAUUUUAGUAUAUGCAUAAAUAAAUUGGUGCAAGUAUCUGGUCCUGGAACUCAUGAAUGAAUUGGUUUUCAUUUCCUUCUAACCUAACUUCACUGAUACAUACAUGAUCAGAACAACAGAGAAACUAUGUUUAAUAUUAUUUUAAAGAAUCAACACAGCAUCGAUCAAAAUGCCAUUAGCAAAAUUUUAAUGCCUUAAUUUCCCGACUGUUUCUGACAUUCUGUGUUUAGGAGAGACUGCAGCUUCUAAGCCUAGCAAAGUUGAUAGUGAUAGCAGUGCAGGAACUGUUGCACUAUGGCAUGUCGUGGUAUCUUUGGUGUCUGGAAUUAUCAUUGGCAUUCUCCUUUCCUACAUUGUCUUUGUAUUGUAUUUUCGUCGCCGUUGGUGUAGGAACAGAAACUCUGAACGAAACCCUGACGAUCCGACAACUGAAGCUGAUACAACCUACCAAGCCCUGGAUCUUAAAAAAAUGAACACAAAUCUAGAAAAUGAUUAUCAAUCGUUGCAAGUGAAUGACGCAUCAAAUUACGAAAACGUUACUUAG